AGUGUGAUUCGCUUGUGGUUAGGUAUUCUUACGUUGGUCACUGGCCAUUUAAAUUACUGAUUUGCGCUCAUCAACAGCAUCGGUUACUCGUGUUGUUGAAAUUACAUCAAAUAUUUCGUCAAUCUUCUAUUAAUAUCAUUAUCGUCGUCUGUAUAAUGUUUGUGUGCUUGUGAUGGACCCUCCAGCCCGCAUGCUGUUCUGGCCAAGCUGUCCCUCAGCUGCCCCCGUCCGAGGGCCGCCUUCUCACUGCCCCGAGUCCCGAGGUGGAGGUUCUUCCCUCACUUCACAUCAUUCCAGGAACUCCACGAACCGCUGUCGCGCCAACAUCCAUGCCCCAGCAACUUCACCAACAUCCAUAGUCGACUCUUUGAGUUUUAGGAUCUCAUCAUUCAAGCCACUUCCGUUGUGCUCCAAUUUUGGCCAAUCAGACGUCAAGAAUCAAGAAAAGUUCUCAAGUGAUUUAUUGUUGAAUAGAAUCAAUCAUAAACUCGUGUGUAAUUUAGGCGUAGAAAUGUGUUAUGUCUUUUAAGAAAGUUUAUUGUAAACGUGUUCAGCUUGUUAUUUACUCGUCAUAAUCUCGUGAUAGUAUGGAAAACAAUACACUGAACGAUAUCGGCGACACGUCUAGCUCGAAUCACGUACAAACCUCGAAGGAAAGCACAUGCGGCGAAUUCAAUGAGCACUCCAGACACGAUUCAGGUGUAGACUGCGCUGGCGAUGAAGCAAGGCUGCUUCAGUGCAAUAACUCUCAAAAUUCAAUUUCCAACUCGCCUUUAAAAAACGGAGACGAGGGUUUAGCGCCUACGCUUGAUAUUUUUGAAGUGCGGAUACCAGAGCCAAGAGACACAGAGCAGUCGAAAAUUGAGGAUCUUAUCGUAGAAACGAAACGAAACGCUAAUGGUUAUUCCGAUUUCAAAACGGGCGAGAAAGUUUCAUCGUCGGCUGCGAGGAUAACACCAGAAUCGGAUUCGUGUUUUGGUCAAAAUUUUAGGUUUGGUCAAGAGCAAUACGAGAACUGUCCUCUAGUCAAGGCAGGCAUGGGUGCGCCUGACUUUGUCGGCGAUGUCUGCAAAUACCAGCACACGGUCAAUAAUCUGGAUGCAAAUUCAGAUCCUGACGCAUCUGACCAAGAAAUUCCCACUUCUUCGUCUUUCUUGCUCGAUAAGUCUUCUGGGUCAGUGCACUUCAAGUCCUCUAAUGGGAGCUGCUUAAGAGGAGGUGCUAAAGGAGGAGGCAGCACUUCAAGCGGUCCGCAUGUGCAGUUUGAAACACCUACUCCUAGUCAAGACGAUCUCUUCGACGAAAGUACUGAGUUCCUAAGGGCGCGAGUCAUGCGUAGUGGAAUAUUGCCCGCUGGAAAUGAAGGAUCAGCUUAUAGAACUUCAAGUUCAGGACGUCGUAAAAAACGCCAGCGUCACAUUUCGGGUUCUAGUACCACUAGUGUUGGUUCUAGUGCAUCCGGGACGUCCGAGGCCAGCGAACUACACCGAAAAGCCCCAGAUGGAGGAUGGGGAUGGGUAGUUGUUGCAGCAUCAUUCUUCGUGCACUGCAUUGCGGAUGGCGUUACCAUGUCGUUUGGCGUUCUCUUCAUCGAGUUCUUAGACGUGUUCAGGGAGAGCAAGUCUUUCACCUCUUGGGUGGGGAGUUUGUUCAUGGCUAUUCCUCUUCUGGCUGGACCUCUGGCAUCUUUGCUUACUGAUCACUUCGGGUGCCGUAAAGUCACAAUCGUCGGAUCUGUGAUCGCUUCCGUAGGUUUCUUACUUAGUGCUUUUUCUAAUUCUAUUUUGGUUUUACUUAUCACCUUGGGGCUCAUAACUGGCCUAGGCUUAGCUGUUUGUUACGUGGCUGCAAUUGUGAUCGUCGCUUUCUAUUUCGAGAAGAAACGUUCCCUGGCGACUGGUAUCGCUGUGGCCGGCAGUGGUAUUGGAACUUUUAUUUUUGCUCCUUUCAUUCAAUAUUUGAUAGAGAAUUGGGGUUGGCGUGGUAGCCUCAUAAUUUUGGCGGGCGUUUUUCUCAACAUGUGCGUAUGCGGAUCGCUUAUGCGAGAGCUUCCGUGGAUAAAAAAGAAAGCAUCUAAGCGUUCUAAUGUAGAGAAUGCUUACCAUCGAAACGGUUCAUCUUCGCAUUCAUCGGAAUCACUAAGUGAUGAUGAAGUUCUGGGCGAUUCUCGUCACUCGUGUCCUCCAAUCAAUGAACUGAGAAAAAUUCUUCAGUCAGGCGACAUAACUGAAUUUCUCUCGCCUGGCAACUCGCCCACUAAAUUCACGCGAUCCUCGUCAAUGUUGCUUUUUCCAACGUUCCUCAACAGAACUCAAACUCUUCCUCUUGAUUUCUUCCCGUGUCUAAAUUCGCGAGCAAAUGCUUUCGAAGUUAUUUCUCAGCUGUACCCUCAUCUGCUGUCGUCCUCCUUGAGUGAGCAAAUGGACAUUUUACCUCCUAUUCUCUCCGACACUCGCCUCAACGUCACCAACAACUCGGACGUCGCACACGUGCCGACUGAGCGCCGCGACAGAGUCACCACCGCAUUCCCUCCUGUCAAUCGGGCCGUCUCGGUGCCAGCAAGCAGUCCCGCAGCCCCAGUCUUCAACUCCGUGACCAAGAGUCCGCCUGGCGCGCCCCAAACAUCGCCUGCGAGGAACAAGUCACGUCCUCGUCACGCGGACCUGCCCAUCACCAGCAGCCGCAAAGGUUCUCUCUCUCCUGAGAAACGCACGGCGCUGCACGACGCUGUCGACCGGCGGGCGAGUAUUGCGGUGGGGGCGACGGAAGACGGCCGCUGCCGCCCCCCGCUGGCCACACCCGUCCCCCAGCACAACAGAAAUGCCAGACAGUCGAUGACAUUCAGAGGCGCGAUGCUCCACAUUGACCGCUACAAGGCUCGGUCCUCCUCCUGCCCCGACAUCUACAGGACCACGAGGGUCACCAUCGACCACUCCUCUGAGAAGUAUUUCUCUCACCAGAAGCUGCGCAACCUGAAAGACGUGCUCAAAGACUGCACAAAAUUACCAUACUGCUCCGACCCCGGCUACAUAAUAUUCUCGCUGUCGAAUUUCAUCCUUUACCUGUUCUACGACACCGUCUACAUGUACCUCGUCGACUACGCCAUUGAGAACGGCCUACAUCAGGACCGCAGUGCCAGCCUCAUCUCCAUCAUCGGCAUCCUCAACUGCAUCGGAAUGGUGGGCAUGGGAUACAUCGGAGACAAAGAGUGGUAUCCUCUGAUGAUAAUAUACAACUUAUCAAUGGUGAUCUGCGGCGUGGCCAUCAUUAUGAUGUCUUUGGUAACGCACUUCCUGACGCUAGCUGUUCUCUCGGCCGUGUUCGGUUUCUUCAUAUCUGCAAACUACGCCUUGACUUCCGUCAUCCUCGUCGACCUCAUCAGCCUGGACUGCUUCACCAACGCUUACGGCUUCUUGCUGCUGACGCAAGGCCUCGCCAACCUCUUCGGUCCGCCUCUUGUUGGUCUCAUGCGCGACUACUCCGACGACUACGUCCUGCCUUUCGUCGUGUCUGGAGUGUUCAUCAUCUUGAGCGGCCUGAUGCUCUUCCUCAUCCCUUUAUUCAAGUCUUCCAGCGACCUCAAGAAGUCCACCGCUACCUCCCUUAUCGACGGCAGCUCCUCUCAUCUGGGCUCCAAGAUUGGAGAUUUCGCUUCCAAAGAAACCAUUCUAACCUGCAAGGAGAACUCAAAGCCUAUGUUUGAUGAUGUUUAAAGGAAUUUUUUUAUCAAACCAAAUUUAGAAUGCCUAAGUUACUGUUCUUCGUGCACCGUAUCGAAUGUAUUUUGAUAAGUAUCUCAGAUGCGCAGUUGUAUCAAUUAUUUUAUGCAAUAUGAGAUGUUAUGAAUAAUUCUCAACAAUGAAAACUUGGUUGAGGUCACAAGCGCCAGCUGUUGCGGCGCGAAGCUGCCUAUCCAACUACAAGAUGUGCUUUAGAAUGAACACGCACGUACAAGCCAUUGUACUCAGUUUUUUCCUCAUCGUGUCGAUUUAAGAUUAUUAGUUAUUUAAAAUUAUAGGACAAGAAUAUUAUCUUAUUUAAUAGAUGAGCAUUUAUCAAGUUUACGCAAUGUUAGAAUUACGAUGAACAUUAUUAGGCUAUAUAUAAAAAAUUAUCUCUCAUUCUUCGGAUGCGAUCAGGACUAUGGAAACACGGUGCUUCAGUUCAUGUCCCUUCUCUUUAACCCUAGCACAAAUAAUUUCAAUGUUCUGUAUUUUAAUCUAAGAAAUUCCGGCCAAGGAAGAGACAAUCGCUUUUCAUCUCAGUGGGUCAUUAUUAUUCAGGCUCUAUUCAUUUAAGCUCCAGCCAAUGGUGUCAUGGCGUCUGGGUUUUCAAUGAACGAGGCUUGUUAUAUUCACUUAUUUUGGGACCUUAAUAAUGUUCAUUGGUACUUAUGUCAUAACUACCAGGAUGAGAAUUGUCUUCAGCUCUGAAGAGGUAAAUACGGAAUAAUUUUCUUGGUGAAUUCAAACCUAUAUUCAACAUUUAUAAGCCGGAUGCCAUUCUUCCUGAAUGAGUAUGUCAAUAACGAUCAGCUGAACAGCAAUCGUGUCGCCGUCAUGUUCCUCUUUUCCCUUGUAUCCACCACCCAGAAGACGAGCUUCUGAACUUACAUUCGCUUAGCUGGGAUUAUCAUGGACGUCGGUGCUUAGGAUAAAGAUUCGAAGAGAAGUGUAAGUAGAUGGCAAAAUGAGGUGUAAUUAUACUACUAUAACGACCGUAUGCUACCAUGAACACUGUCUUAGUGGUCGCGGAGUAAGUAGUUAUGGGACAACCGUGUGUUAACGUGGGUAUAUACCGUCGCAAUACAUUAUAUAAUGUUUAAUUCAUUAUAUAAUGUU